UUUAGACUUUCAAUUUGGUUUAUUCAGUCAAGCCUCUCUACACCCAGAUGUAAAGAAGAUUCUCACUGCACUUUUUCCUCACUUUCAUCAAGAUGAAACCCAGCAUUAUCCUUGGUUUAUUGUGCACACUUUUCUGUGAAGUGGCUGCGCUCUCUUGCUACUCCUGCACUCAAUACAAGUCCCAGAAGUGCAACAAUAACUGCACCUGUAAUCCAGGAUUAUGUGCCAGCGUAACUCAGGCAUUUUAUGAAGGUGGUACAGAAAUGGUAAUGGAUACAAAGUGCUGUCUCCAGUCGGAUCACUGCAUCGCUGGCUCAAUAGACCUUGGAGUUUCUAGAAGGACAAUCAACACUGAAUGCUGUGAAAAAAACAUGUGCAAUACUCAAAACACUCCAGAGAUGAACAGAGAUAAUACUCCCAAUGGGAAGAAGUGUUUCACCUGUGUAGACAAUGACUGCACAAAAAUUAUGGAUUGUGUUGGAAAUGAGGACUGUUGCAUUAAAACAAUGACUGAGUCGAACGGGCAGAAAACUAUUAUGAAAGGAUGUGCCUCCAGCAGUAUCUGCAAAGCAGACGUAUCUGGUCUGAUGGGCUUUCCGUUGGAGUGCUGUGAGGGGAGCCUGUGCAACAGGCCCAAGACUGGCGGGGCGCAGAGUGCCCUUAUCCUGCUGGGCUCUCUCCUCUCUGUUGUGAUCAUCAUUCUGAUUGGUGUGCUUUUGGGACUUUUUAUAAGGUCACGGAACAAGUGUAACUACUGUUCCACAAAUUCCAUGGACAUGUAUCCCAUAGAUACAUGAAUGCUUGCUCAUGUUUGUAAGUUGUAAAUAAACUGUAAGUUGUAAAGUUGUUUGUAAGUUGUUUGUUGUAAAAUUGUAAAUAAAUUGUUUAAAUGGUAAUUCAGUUGUUUUGAGUGUUACAUUCCC